CAGCCGUAAAAGCAGUCAGACUCUGAAUACUUAAAGUUUCAAAAUAAAGAUUAAAAAUAAAACUAUAUAAAUAAGCUUCCCCAUCCGGAAUCUGUAAAUAAAAAGCUCAGGGUUCUCGCUCAGCCAGAAUCCAGCGAUGCAACCCCUCAGCUCUCCCUGUAAACAGCAAGCGUUUAACCUCAGUUACUGACUGCUUACCAGUUGCAGCUUAGAACAUAAUAAGUCCAUACACUCUACAGGUCACUGUCAGUUUGAGGGUCAUAAGUUUACUCGGUCAGUAAGCAGUUAAAAUAAUACUCAACCUGUUCGAAGCGCCGCGCGGGAGGAGACACAAGGGGGGAGAUCUCGCUUUCUCUCAAUCAUCUGACCCCUCAACACAAAAACUGUGUCUUUCUCUACAACCCUCGCGCCGUCAUGCUUAGUAUUUAUAAAUAGCGGACACCCUGUCACAAAAAAAAAAAUCGACAGGAUGUUGUAUUUCACGCCUUUACGUAUCCUAAAAAUCCCCAUCACAAGGACAAACACAAUGCCUGUAUUAUCAAUAAUGUAUAUAUAAGGCCCUCUUCCCACCUAACUGAAUGCAUGCACGGUGACUCCUACGAAAUAUGUCACAAGCGUCUUCUGCUUCGGUCCUCACUAACGCUCACAUCCAUGCCGCGGGUCAGAACGCAGGCCCCAACCUACAACAUGGGAUACAGUUCUUUGACCUCACAGGUGUGAAGCAAGAAAAUUUACUUUUAACACCGUUGAACUACGGGUUUUUAAAUGGGAACGUUCUAUAAGAAGAACUUGAAGUGAAGCACACCUCCCUCAGUCGGGGAAAAGUUACAGAAAUCAUCUUUUUCUUUAGCCCGACGGCAGCAAAAACGUUUUUACAAAUUAGGGUUGGUUUGCUUUUCUACAUUGAAACGUUUUACAAAUUUUUUUUUUUUUUAAAUGUGCACUCUGUGUGUUUUAAAAGGGCAUUUCUACCACAAAAUCCAAGAAUGGAACCCUUCCCAUGAAUACUGCCUCCUCUACAACCCAAUUGACGUAAGCGGUCUAACCCAGACAGAAGGCUACAAAGAGAUGUGCAAUAAGGAAAAGUGUCCCUCUUCAGCACACUGUGACAAAGACAUUUAUGAAUUCAAAACUGACACAGAUUCAACAAAUAGGAUCUUCUCACCAACACGGCAAUCAAAGGCGGGGCUUACCGGUCGAUGGUUUCUUCCGCGCAACUCCAAGACAGGCUCAAGAUAAAACAACUCCGGUUAUUUUUCUGCUUGACGCAUGGCGUGACAAGAUGAUAGCAGACCGGAUGUCAACGCUGUUCUGCAACUGUUGCAACUGGAGAGAUGUUUUGGGUGAUCAAGAAAGUGGUAGCUUUUUAGACCCGCCCUCCUCACAACACCCGAUACCGCCCCCCCCCCCCUUCAACGUUAACCACACCCCUUCUCAGUAUAAAAAACAACCGGGCAGACCGAUCGGAACAUCCAUGCAACUUCACUGACCAGACUUUUAGCAUCUGAAACCAUGAACAACUACGCGGUUGAAAGAACUACUCCAACAUCACCGCAGCAUGGCUCCCCGGACAGCGACAAAUUCUUUCCGGGACCGUACCACCCUCCUUUCCCCUCGCCAACCCCUGAAUCGUCUUCCGAACUCGACAGCGACAGCGAGAGUCUCCUCACAUCGCUGCAGAGGCAUACCGUCUACUGGUCCAGGCCCCCUGGAGGUGUGAAACUACGGCCCGAGUACUUUGUUUUACGGGAUGAGAAUUCCACGCUUCCAACCACACUUCCAGCCAGUCUUCCAGCCAUGCCGUCUCUGUCAGAGACCCAGGAGGAAGAUUCACAAGUGCUGAAUCUUCCACCCUCCCCGGACUGUUCUCAGUCUAAGUACUCACAGCUCCAGGACUCAGAACUCCCCUCCGGCCAAGGAGAACCAGCCUUCCCGGACCCUUCUCAACCCGAGGAUACGCAGCUUCCAUCCAGCCAAGGAGAGACUGACACCGGGGCGGAUGAAUACGACGGGUGGAUUCGCUUCGGCUUCAUCAAAGCUGUGAAAACUGUGGUGCAUCAUCUUCUGUACAAUGCCAUUGAAAAGUACAUGCAUGAUAAGUGGAACGGAUGUAGCACGGGCCGUCCUAGUUUGAGUGACCCUGAACGUUGGGAGCAUCUUGAGGAUGGGUUCUUUGAACGCAAUUACAAGGGUGUAAUGCGACUACUUUGUAACGCACGUUUCUUCGAUGCCGUUCAACGGUUUUUAGUCGCUCGCAACAUCCACCAAGACAACGACACAGUCAACGCCGUCGCACAGGCAUAUCUGUACGAAUUGACAAUGGUCAAACGGGUGCAUGACCACAUCAACGAGGUGUAUAAUCAGCUGGUUGAAGAAAACUAUGAAUUAAAAGAUCAACUUGAAGCCAUCACGCAGUACUGGCAGGGAUCUUGAAACCAAAGCAUGCAUGUUUUCUCAUAUCUUUCUUUAAUAUAUAUUAUAUGAGUCUUUUCUACAAUUAGCUUGU